UUAAUCCUGCCUCACCCCUUUUCAUCCCUGCCCCAUCCCUGCACCCGGACUGCUCGCUCUCUGCAGCCUCACCCUCAUAUCAACUGAGCUAAGAAAAUCAAACUACAAUGUCCAGCGAGCGUUUUGACUGUCAUUACUGCAAAGAGUCCCUGCUGGGGAAGAAGUACAUAAUGAAAGAGGACAAGCAGUACUGCACUAAGUGCUAUGAGAACCUGUUCGCUAACUGCUGUGAGGGCUGCUCUGUAGCAAUUGGCUGUAACAGCAAGGACUUGUCCUACAAGGAUCGCCACUGGCACGAGCAGUGUUUCAAUUGUGCAAAGUGCAGCCGCUCUCUGGUGGAGAAGGCCUUUGCCGCCAAGGAGGAUUUGUUGCUCUGCACUGAAUGCCACGCCCACGAUUACUCCUCCAAGUGCGGCACCUGCAAGAAAACCAUCAUGCCAGGAUCCCGCAAAAUGGAAUACAAGGGGAACAGCUGGCAUGAGACCUGCUUCCUGUGCCACCGCUGCCAGCAGCCAAUAGGAACCAAGUCCUUCAUCCCAAAAGACACCGGCUACUUCUGUGUGCCCUGCUUCGAGAAGCAGUUUGCCUACCAGUGCUGUGCUUGUAAGAAGGCCAUCACAACAGGUGGAGUGACCUACCAAGACAAGCCCUGGCACCGUGAGUGUUUCCUAUGCAUCAGCUGCAAGAAGCAGCUGUCAGGUCAGCGCUUCACCUCCAGGGAAAACUUCCCGUACUGCCUCGAAUGCUUCAGCAACCUGUAUGCAAAAAAGUGUGUGGGCUGCACCAAACCCAUCACCAGUCUGGCAGGGGCCAAGUACAUCUCUUUUGAGGAGCGCCAGUGGCACAGUGAGUGUUUCACCUGCAUUCAGUGCUCCGUGUCACUGGUGGGACGUGGCUUCCUCACCCAGCGCGACAACAUCUUGUGCACCGACUGCGGCAGAGAGAAGUGACCUUUUCAUUAUCCUAAUAAUAAUGAGAGCUCCUGUUCUGAUACUGAUAUAUCCAUGAAUAUUUCUUCUACGCAUGCCUGGUACAUAAACAAACUCUAAAUGUCAAAUGCUAAUUUUGGUGUUACAAUGACCAUUAGUUCUGUCAUGUUGCCUACACACACAAAAACUGAUGUUUCCAUAGAGACAAACAUGUAUCUUUAAAGUAAGGGUGUCAUUGUUGCGUUGUUGAUGAAUGUAUUCUCUGUUUGUUGAAACGAAAUAUGCUUUUUUUUUUUCUCACAUGCUGUUAUUAGAGCUGACUGUGGCUGGUUAGAAUGGAUUACUCGACUGACAGAAAAUGUAUUCUAUUUUGAUAAUUGAAUAAUCGUUUCAGUCAUUUUUCAAGCAAAAAUCUUAUUUGCUAGUUCGUUAAGGCUCAUUUAUACACCCUUCAUGUAGGAAAACAUAUCAGUCCAUUUUAACAUAGUGACUGUCACUACUCACAUACUUCCAUGUGUUCUUUAGAUACAUCCAAUAGACGGCACUAAAGGAACGAGUCAGGAGUUUCUGACAACAACAAACAUGGCGACGGUGGAGGAGAUGGUAACAAUGUAUCCUGUAAAGAAAGCAGCAUUGUACAUGACAGCAUGUGAGGCCAUUAAAUAGCCUACAUCCCAACAUGUAGACAAAGUUUUUUUCCCACUAUAAUACCCAUGGAUGUAUAAAAAGACCUGGAUAAUGAGGCAAAUGUUCAAUUGCCGUAUAUACAGAUACACGAAUGGCCGGCGCUACUACUGCAUGUAUAGAGCACAUGCACUAGAAACUUCUGGUGACUCAGCUGGCUACUUGCAGCUUAGUACUCUGCUAACUUGAAUGAGGAUAAAUUGAUUUCAUCUUCUAAAUUUUCCAAAUAUUUUCCAACCAAAUGGAUCAAAUCCUGAUGGUGAAACUGGUCAUCUUGCAGGGGUUGUAAUGCUUAAAAAUGUAUCCAGAUGUCUUUUGCACAAUGUAUAUUAAUGGGAAACAUCUUCUAGGGCCCAUAGUCGUAAUUACACUCAUAGUCGUAAUUACACUGUUUGACCCCAAUGAAAAACUGGCUUCACGGCCGGUCGCACUUCCUGGGGGCCUGAUAUUACAGAUUUGUUCCAUUUUGUUCCAGCAUUUUUGAAAUGUCUCUGUCGUGUCCUAUGGUCUUAUCUUGUUUGGACAGUGGUAUUGCUCCGUUUUUUCUGUAUUUAUGAGCUUUCAAAAAAUGUGCUCAGAUACAGACAAAAUGAACCAACACAAGGCUCCCAAGGCUGUGUGUGUUUACAUAUCUAACGCUGAGCGUAAGUGAGCUAUUACAUCAUAAUACUUUUUUUAGUCUUAUAUGACAGUAAUCUGAAUUAGUUUGGAUUUUGGACUGUUGGUCUGAUUGAGAAAAAAAGCAUUUUUAUGAUGCCAAUAAUUUGCACUAAUUUCUUACACCAUGGACAAAAAGAUUAUUCAAUUAAUCAUUGUUUUAUUAUUAUUUUAAUUGUUAAAAAUAUAAUCAAUAGUUGCAGUACCAAAACAUAUUUCGCUUGACCACAGGUCUGACGUUAAUUACACAAACUAUAUUUCUGCUGCAUGCUUACUAUGCAUGAUCAUAGUUGCCUAGAUAAAUGUAUCCACACUGUGGGGACAAAGACUGAUGCAUAGUUUAUGCUCCUCUUUUGUGAAAUACUUCACACUCUAAAGGUUGUUCCAAUAAAGAAAUGGCCUGUUGUUGCUCA